AUGAACGACUCCGCAACAUCGCCAAAGCGGCGUCACAUUCUCUCUUCCAUCAACCCAGACGAGGACGAUGAUCGCCCCAAGAAGAGCUCUCGACAUCGGCGCUCCCGCUCCCGCUCACCCAAACCGCACGGCGAUCACAAGGAGAGCAAAGAGGGACAAGAUGGGGACCCCAACGCACCCAGGCGCUCCCGUCUACGACUGAAGGACCACAAGUCAUCCCGCCGACGACGCUCGCGGUCUCGCGACAGCCGGCGCCACCACCAUGAAUCAUCAUCCUCCUCCCAUCGCCGCCACCGCCGACACCGUCAUCGCUCACGGUCCCCCACCCCUCCCAACCCCUUUGAGCCCGAACCCCUCGACCGCGAGGCCGCCUUCCGCGAAUCCUUAUUCGACGCCAUGGCGGACGACGAGGGCGCUCUCUACUGGGAGGGGGUCUACGGGCAGCCCGUCCACGUCUACUCCAACGAGCGGGUAGGCCCCCAGGGCGAGCUAGAGCGGAUGUCGGACGAGGAGUACGCGGCGUACGUGAGGCAGAAGAUGUGGGAGAAGACCCACGCAGGGCUGGUUGAGGAGCGCGCCCGGCGCGAGGAGGCGCGCAAGAACAAGGAGAAGGAGGAGGCCCACCAGCGGAAACUACAGGAGCAGAUGGACGAGAGCCUACGGCGGGGAGAGGAGCGCAGAGAGCGCAAGGGAUGGACGAGGCAAUGGGCAGAGUACAACGAGGCAUGGGCGAGGUGGGAUGAAGGCCCAACUGCGUCUUCUCUACCCUGGCCGUCUAAAAGUGGCGAUCAGAGUAAUCUAGACGAGAAGACCGUCAAGGGAUUCUUUAUCAACUGCCUAAAACAUGAGGAGAAGGGAGAGAAGGGCUUCUUGACCAAGCUGAAAGAGGAGCGAGUCCGCUGGCAUCCUGACAAGAUUCAACAGAAGCUGGGAGGUCAGGUGGCCGAGGAUACGAUGAGGGAAGUGACGGCCAUUUUUCAGAUUAUUGAUCGCCUUUGGUCGGAUAUGCGAGACGGGAAGUGA